AUGAAAGUUAUUCAAAUUUUGAUUAGAAAUUUAAUUAAAAUAAAAAAAAAAAUUAUUAUAAAUAAGGAUGUGUGUUGUACUAGUUCUGUACUAGGAUUAAAUAACAAAUCAGCAUUAUCAACAAAAACAACAUCAACAGCCAAAAGUCAAGUUGGAUUAUCAAAUAAUAAUUUUAAACAAUAUAAAACAUCUAAUAAUACAAAAUUAAAUAUAGUUGAAAGUGGAAAAACAACAAAAGUAGCAGAAGGUAUUAAUUUAGAAGGACAGGCAGCAAAUAAUUAUAUUAAUUCUUAUCGUGCAAUAAAAAGACCAAGUGAUAAUGUAAAAGAAGAUAUAACUCAAGGAAAUGAUAGUGUCCAUUUAUUUGCAUCAUCAAGAAAACAGGAUAUAUCUGAAAGUCAAAAUAUAAAUAGAUUAUUAGAAACUGCUAUUGGUUUAGAAAAAGUUACAUUAUUAGAUGAAAGUAGUAGUUCAGGUUCAAAAAAUAAAAGUGAAAAAAAAAGUUGUAGUGAUGGUGAGGGUGAUGAAGUUUAUGAAGUUGUACAAGAUGCUACCAUUCUUAAUGAGGAUGAUACAUUAUAUGGUAUUGAAAAAGUUAUGCCUGAAUUUCAUUUGUAA